AACUUCAAUCUUUUCUAUUAACUCCCACACCCACUUCCCGGAAUUCUCUCUAAUUUAUCAAUCAGUUAAAACACUCAGUCACAUCAAAAUUCAACUUCAACAUAGACGGAGAAUCAAAAUUGAACUUCAAACGCCAGGCCGCUUCACCACUGCAACCGCCGGAAAACAACGAAUCGCACCACUGCAACCGCCGGAAAACAACCGCCGGUUCUUUUUUUGUGACAUGGAAUCGAAUUCUGACUCAGAUCAGAUCAUGCUGAAGAGAACAAAUCACAAAGAGGUCCAACAAUAAAGUCAAAAUCUAGUAAAGGGAAACUUAUAAUUACCUACAAUAAAAAGGGUGUCCCAAUUGGAAAGGAAUCAGUAGCACUCUCUACUUUUGAGGGAUUGGUAGCAAGAACUAUGAUUCCCAUAACUUAUACCACUUGGCCGAAAGUUGGUAAGGAAAGAAAGGAAGAAUUAUGGCAAUAUGUCAUGGCACAUUUUGUGGUUGACCCAAAGAGCCGGAAGCAAACUAUACAAUCAAUUGGGACAAAGUGGAGAAACGUCAAACAUACUCUAUACAGGGAUUACAUUGAGACACAAAAAAAUGACCCUGAGGAGAAGAAAAUUUUACUUAAUCCUCCUCUUAAGUAUCCAUUCUUGAAGAAAGAAGACUGGAAACUAUUUGUAUCACAAAGAACUUCAAAACAAUGGGAGGAGACAAGUAAGAAGGCAAAGAAAGUCCGUGCACAUCAUAAAUACAAUCAUCAUUUGAGCAGAAAGGGAUAUGCCAGACUCACUACUGAGAUUAUGCAAGAAACCGGCCUGGAGGAAGAGGAGAUUGAUAGGGCAAUGUUGUGGAAACGAGCAAGAGAACUGAACUGAAAAUAGGAGGUUUCGACUCAGAUGUCCAAGUGGUAGUUGAUAGAAUUGACCAGCUUAAGGAAUCAGAUUCUGGAGAGGGCACAUGUGGAACACAUGAUGUGCUUACCCAGGCCUUGGGUACUGAUGAACAACGUGGGCAUGUACGCGGGAUGGGCAAAUUUGUAACUCCACAACAAUACUUUUAUUUACCCAAUACUGUCAAGCAUUACAUGGACACUGAGAAGAAGAAGUAUGAUAAACGACUCAACAAGCUUGAAGAUGAAUUAGAGAAACUAAAAAGAGGUGUGAACAAUGUUUCAGAAGCCGAAAGUUGCCAAUGGGGCAAUGAAGAUCUUGAAGACAACCCAGAUGAAGAACCACUUGAUAUGUCAUGUUUUCUUGCGGUUGACAAUGCAUCAAACAUAGUCGCCAAAGGAACUAUACUGAUGGAUACAAAUGAAGAGGAGUUCCUUCAAGUCAUGUUGGAAAUAUGUUUACAUAGAGAAGCGUUACUACCAGUUCCACUUGAAGAGGAAUUCAUUAUGGAGGUCGGAGAUGCAAUUGGGCACAUACUGAGUUGGCCAAGACAUCUAGUCAUUCAAUGCUCUGACUUGGAAAAAAUGUUGGCGAAACCAAAGACAAAACCCGUGAAAGAUUUAAAAAGUAAUAAACAAAUAAAACAACCAAGAGGGACUAAUGAGGAAAACGAAAAGGAGCUUGAACAAAAGAUUGUACAAGUGGAAAAGGUCACGGGAAAAGAAGUAGUAAGUGAGAAAGAAAAAAAAACGGAAAAGAGAACCUAAAGUGGAAAAUGAAAAAGAGAAUGUACAAGUGAACGAAGGCAAAGGGGGGAUGACGAGAGCACAAAGGAGGCCAAGGAUAAGAGUUGAAAACAAUGCAGUUUUGACAAUGACUGCAUUGGUUGUUGACGCACAAGUUUUAAAGGUUGAUUCUAUAAAAUUGCAGUGUGUAGACGAUCUAUUUGGGUACGAGAGUUUCACAUAUUUGAAUUGGGAUGAUUUUGAAGCAAUUUUUACAUUGGAUGAGCUGACUGGUUCUGUCAUCACUGCUUAUAUGAUGUUCUUGUAUGAGCAAAUCAAGAAUGGGCCAAAACUUGAUCAUGGUAUUUGUUUUGUCAGCCCGGGUGCAAUCUCGCCAAGUGAACGUAAAUCAAAACGCAAACAUAUUGAUGAUGCAAGUAGAGUGGUUGUAGAUCGGUUGUCGACAAGAAAGGACAAUGACAUCAUCAUAUUGCCCUACAAUCCCGGAAGACAUUGGGUGUUGGCAGUUUUGGACAUGAAAACAUAUACUUGCUAUUAUCUUGAUUCUAUAAGGAAUGGCACAAUCAAUCCGAUGUUGAGGCAAAUUAUUGAUGCGGCAAUGGCCUUGCAUGCUAUACAAAAUGUCAACUGGGUUAAGGCUAAGUGUCCAUAUCAGACGGGAGGUACUGAAUGUGGCUAUUAUGUGUUGAAGUUCAUGAAAGAGGUGGUUGAAGAAGGAAUUGAAAUACUAGCCAAUGACAACGUUGGGGAAGGAAAAGAGGUAUACACGGAUGAGGAUAUUGAUGGAAUACGUGAAGGGUGUUCGAGUUAUGGGGCAACGUUUGUUUUCAAGUGACUAUUUUAGAUGUUGAAGUAUGUACGGCAAAUAGUAUUUUUUUUUGUUAAGUUAAGAUAUUUUGAAUUAUAUUUGACAUAUGACUAUGAAAUGAAUUGCUUUGGUUUUUGUGUAUU